AAUUUACGCUCGCUUCUGCAAUUAUUUUUAAAUUUUUUUGUGUUAGAUUAUAGAAACUUGAUUCUAGUUUCUGCAUUUUUUUUCCUGUUUUACUAGCUUAGCUCUGAUCUUCUGUAAUAAAUUCACAACUGCGUUUUCAAACUCUUCGUCAAUGGAUUCCUUCCCAAGAUCUUUGAAUCCCAACAAGCACCUAAGAGAACAAUUCGUGAGCAAUUUGCCUGGAUCUUCCAUGCUUGAAGUCUCCGCUCUUUUGAAUAAUGUAGCUCUUCUAAUGCUUUUGCGGCACACUUUCUGCUCUCAAACAGUGAAUGAUGCUUGUAGGAGUUUAAAGUCUUACCUAGCCUCAGUAGCUUUGGAUUAUGUCUUCAUUGUUCUACCCACACUCUUAAUUUUCACUGUUCUAGCAAAGUGGGUAUACAUAUGCAUGAUUGGGUUAUUAUUCUUGCUGAUCUUCUUUACUGCAGUCAAAAGAACUUACUCUUUGCCUUACAUGGAAGGACCUAAUGCUUCAAGGGCAAGCAUAUCAUCUUAUAGGGUUGUUACGAUGUUUAUCACAUGCUUGUGUAUCUUGGCUGUUGACUUCAGAAUAUAUCCUAGAGAAUAUGCUAAGACAGAGACUUACGGGACUAGCUUGAUGGACCUUGGAGUUGGCUCCUUUGUGCUAAUGAAUGCAGUUACUUCACGGCAAGCACGAAAGAUCAAAUCAUCAAUGAGUUGGUGGAAGGCAGCCUUUAAAUCUACAACUCCACUACUACUGUUAGGAUUUGCUAGACUUGCUUCUACAUUGAGUCUAGACUAUCAGGUACAUGUGGGGGAAUAUGGAGUCAACUGGAAUUUCUUUUUCACACUUGCUGGUGUAUCUAUCCUUACAUCCAUUUUAAAUGUUCCCGCAGAAUAUUCUGGAAUUCUUGGUUCAGUAAUUUUAGUUGGGUACCAAAGUUGGUUGACUAAUGGGCUAAAUGUUUAUCUUCUUUCUAAUGAAAGGGGUACGGAUGUCAUAAGCAGAAACAAGGAGGGAAUUUUUAGCUUAUUUGGAUACUGGGGUAUGUAUCUUGUUGGUGUUCAGGUCAGCUACUAUCUCUUCUUUGAAAAUCAUACUACCAAGCAGCGAAGCAAGCAUGAAACACGAAUCAGAAUCUGCCUUCUUACUAUUAUGUUUUGGAUUUUAACGUUGCUUAUAGACAGAUAUGUUGAAAGAAUUUCACGUAGAAUGUGCAACCUGGCUUAUGUUACUUGGGUGGUGGCUCAAAAUCUACAGGUAUUAGCACUGCGAUUGCUUGCCGAUAACAUCAUCGGGCGCAAAACUUUAUGUCUUGAAAGAGCAUUUGACCGAAAUUUAUUGGCUUCCUUUCUUGUGGCAAAUCUGCUAACAGGCCUGGUAAAUUUAUCUGUGGAUACCAUAUUUGUGUCGCCAUUAUCAGCUGUUUUGAUCUUGGUUUCUUAUUCUUUGACAUUGUGUUUUGUCAUGAUACUCGUAGAUUUUUCUGGGGUGAAAUAUAAAUUUUGGUAGGUUUAGGGAUUUGUGUUAUACAAUACAAAAACAUGAACCUAUUAACUUUGGGAUUUUAAUUUUAUGCCUUUAUGAACUAGGCUCCUUUUUGUUCCAA